UCCUCCGCGUCUCUGGGAGAACGCUGCAUCAGGAUUAGCCUCACCUGUUUGUUUAGAAAAGAAAAAAACCCACCCAAUUUUGGUGAGGUUGGGCUUUAUGAGCUUAUUUUUGUCUGGCACAAUGGGAAAGGAGAUGGUUUUGAAAAAAUAAGACUGUGAGGUCUGGCUGAAUUACCUUACCUUUGUUUCUUUGCUGUGGGAUGGAUUCUACAUUGAGUUGAUUCUCAUGUCUGUCAACUAUCUUGAGGAAAUCCUGAUAAACAAGCAUCAAGGAAGCAAGAACCCCAGGUUGGCUUAUUAAGGAACAUUUCUAACAUUUAAGUAGAGUGUGGAAACCUUAAAUCUCCUGCAACCGUACACCAUUUGGCUCUCUUCUUCAGUAGCAAGGACACAAAGGGCACAAAGGACUUUACACAAUGGCUUUGUUGGUAGUCAAGUUUGAUUUGAAGAAGCGAGUGAAGCUUGCUCAGACGGUCUGGUUUAUGUACUGGUUUGCUGUACUGGCUGGUAUUCUUGUGCUCAGCUUGGGCCUAUUCUUCAAGAUUGAGCUGCGAAAGCGCUCAGAACUUAUGGACAACAAUGAAAGCCACUUCUUGCCCAACGUGCUCAUAGCUAUGGGUCUUAUAGCUUGUGGUAUCAAUGCCUUCGGAGGCAAAGUUUGCUAUGACUCCUUGGACCCUACAAAGUUUGCAAAAUGGAAACCAAUGUUAAAGACCUUUUUGGUUUUCUGCAUGGGGUUCAAUGCCCUCCUUAUUGUCACAUCCCUGCUAUGCUUUAUAAUGAGGAUCCCUUUGCAGUUCACCCUGGCUGAGGGUCUGAAGAAUGGCAUGAAAUACUACAAGGACACGGACACGCCAGGACGCUGCUACAUGAAGAGGACCCUGGACCUGAUGCAGAUGGAGUUUCGUUGCUGUGGGAAUGAUAACUACAGGGAUUGGUUUGAAAUUCAGUGGGUCAGCAAUCGAUACCUGGACUUCAGCGCAAAGGAAGUCAAAGAUCGAAUCGGGAGCAACGUGGAUGGACAGUAUUUGAUGGACGGAGUCCCGUUCAGCUGCUGCAACCCCAGCUCCCCCAGACCCUGCAUCCAAUACCAGAUGACCAACAACUCCGCUCACUACAGCUAUGACCACUACACCGAGGAGCUGAACGUGUGGAGACGUGGCUGUCGGGACGCCUUGCUGUCUUAUUACGGAGGCAUAAUGAAUACCAUCGGAGCUCUAGUGUUGCUGGUCACUAUGCUGGAGGUUGCUGUGACCAUCGGCCUGCAGUACGUUGACACCUCCCUGUCCACGCUGGCCAACCCGGAGGACAUGGAGAGCGAGAGCGAGGGCUUCCUCCUGGAGAAGACAGUGAAGGAGACAUUCACUGACAUCAUGGCUAAAAUGAAAACCAUGGGGAAAGGGGCAAAGGUGGAGGAAGGGGGUGAGGAGGGCGUCGCUACUGUCAGCUGAACAAACUCCAGCCACCUGCAGAAACUGUGAAAACUUCCACCUGAAGUGGAGAUGACAAGAGGACAUUUUCUACCAGACUUUAUUUUCCAGCUCCACCAACUCACCCAAUCUGAUAAAAACAAAGUGAUUUAAGCUUUCGAAAUAAAUUGAUUUUUUAAAAUUUCUGCAGUAUAAUUUCACAUUGAUAAUGUUAUUUUAAAAAAUAUGUUUUUAACGUCAAUACAGUCAGAGAACAUUUUAAAGAUAACAGUUUUUAACAAACAAUGGCAGAGUUUUUGGUGCCACCGCUGCUACUGAAUUACUUUAACUUCAGAUUUCCAAGUUGAGCCAUGUAUACAUUUUCUAAUUGUUCUGAAUUUUAACUUGAACUUUUAAAGAAUAGAUGGCUUUACAGUGCAGUAAAGCACUAUGUUUUGUCAUCCAUCAGUCUUCAUCAACAGUCCUGUGUUUUCUCUUAUGCUUCUCCACCUUCAGCUCCAAUCAUAGCUUUUCUGUAUAAUGUAGCUCUGGAAACUAAGAGAGCCAUCAAAGAAGACUGAUUUUGUAUGUGGUGAAUCAUUUCUGUGUUGAUAUGGGCAUAUGUUAUAGCUCAAUGUCCUGCUGAAAGACCCAGUGGCAACCCAUUUCCAGUCUCUGGCUGAAGCCAGCAUAUUGUUUCAUAAGGCAUUUCAAAGAGUUCAUGAUGCAGUGAACUUCAACAAGGUUCCAGGGGCUUUUGGAAGACAUAGCAGCCCACGGCCUCACAGAUCCUAUACUGAACUUUGACAGGCUUUUAGGAGAUGUCCCUUGUAUUUAUUAUUAUUUAUUGUUUCAAAAUAGAUCCACUUGGAGCACCUGUUGCAAGAAACCUCCCUCUUGGUCUCAUCUGACCAAGGCACCCACUUUCAUUUAAAGUUACAGAUUAGCAUGAUCUGCUUUUUUACACAAUAUUAGGACUUUUUCUUGGGAUGCCUCUUAAACAACAAGUUGGCAUGUUGCGAGCUCUGCAUCUCUUUAAGAAUGGGCUUUAGAGAUUUUAAUUUAGGCUCUAAUUUUGGGUAAAUUUAGGUAAGUAUCUAUUUUCUUGUAGCUAUUUCCUGAUUUAAGGGGAUCUACACACAUCUGCUUUGCUUUACUGGCAUGUUCUCUUGUCUUUCCCAUUUGAAGAGUGCCUAAGAGAAAUGGGUCACCGUGUCACAUCACAAUCCCAGGCAAGCAGCAGGUUAUGUAUUACUAGUUAUUCAUUUUUUAAAAACUCGGUUCGACUUUAAAAAGCAAGUAUUCGUAAAAAUGAUUUGAUUUCAUUUAUUUUUAAAGGGGUUGUUAGUUUCAUUUUUCUACUUCUGAAGGUUGCAUGUUUCUAAAUUUCUUCGGUGAUAGUCUAUGCUACUGCAAUGACAUAUUAAUAAAUCUUGAGGUUUUUUUGACGUCUUUACCAGGAUGGCCAACAAAUGUGUCCGCAUCUGUACAUGAUAACUUUCCUACAAUUGAACUGGUUCAUUCUUGAAUGAAUUAAUCAGUACACGUAAGAAUAUAAAAGAUAGAAACCUCCCACUGGGUUUCCGUUCUAUUGCAAAACUCAUUAUCCAACUUUGCUUAACAGUUUAUAUCUAAACACAUUCAUGGUUUGGCUUUUUAGUUUUAUCUCCAUCCAAAUGCACAGAGUUGUAAUAAAAAAAAUAAAAAUUCUAUAACAUUAUGACAGACAAAAAAAAAAACAUACCCACCAACCCAUAGCUUGCCCUUCCAAAGAUACUCAUACUCUAGACCACAUUUAAAACCUGGAUAGGCUCCUCACGUGGAGAAAAAAAUCUGAAUUAAGUGAAUAAUUUGUGAAUGUUUGGGCAGCGAAGGAUGAGAAUCAGGAGUUGUGCCCUGAAGUGAAGCAUUUUAGAGUGAAUUGGCAGCUAAAAUUUGGCCUCCUGACCCCUGUCCUGUAUCUAUUUAUUGAAACAUACAGUAUGUAUGUAUGCUUGCAUGUAUGUAUGUAUAUUGUAACAACUGGAUCUUUGUAAAUAGUGUAGAAAAUAUUCUACUUUUUUUUUUUAAAAAGAGAUACAUAUUGUACUUAAGUUAAAUAUUGAAUUCUAUGUUAAAUUUGCUUUUUUUUCCCCCCAAGGGAUAUUUUUGACUUUGUGUGUUUAUGUAGAUAAACCAAGAACAUGUAAAUGAAUAAAGGAUUUUAGAGAUAU